AGCCAGUAACCUAAAUUCCACUGACCCUGCCGACCAUUUUUUACUCUUGGUCCCCCGCGUCAACAAGAAAAAUAACUGUCAUCCCACGCCGAUAAAUACGACACGCAUCUGGAGUUCUGUACUCUGACGCCAAGCCCUUCACGCUCGAUCGCUCGAGUUACUCCAGUCCAAUCGCAGCAAACCACGCGUGCGGCAGGACGCAGCAAUCCAUGGCGGACGCGGGCGCGGCUCCGGCGGCGGCGAAGGCCCGGAGGCUGGCGCCGCCCAUGUCGUGGCGGGCGCGGCUGUCCAUCCUCGCCGCGGGGUACCUGACCGACGCGACCCGCCGCGCCGACGGCACCAUCAACCGCCGCCUGCUCACCUUCCUCGACCCCGGCGUCCCGGCCUCCGCCGCCCCGCGCAACGGCGUCGCCUCCCGCGACAUCGACCUCCACGCGGGCCACGGCCCGCUCCCUCUCCGGGCCCGCCUCUUCUUCCCCGCGGGAGCCCACGCAUCUCCGGGCCCGCGCCCGCUCCCGGUCGUCGUCUUCUUCCACGGCGGCGGCUUCGCGUACCUCUCGGCGGCCUCCCCCGCCUACGACGCAGCCUGCCGCCGCAUCGCCAGGCACUGCGCCGCCGCCGUCCUCUCCGUCGACUACCGCCGCUCCCCGGAGCACAAGUUCCCCGCCCCCUACGACGACGGCUUCUCCGCCCUCCGCUUCCUCGACAACCCCAAAAACCACCCCGCAGACAUCCCCCAACUCGACGUCUCACGCUGCUUCCUCGCCGGGGACAGCGCCGGCGCCAACAUCGCGCACCACGUGGCGCGCCGCUACGCCAUGGCUCUCUCCUCCUUCUCGCAUCUCCGGAUCUUAGGUCUAAUCUCGAUCCAGCCCUUCUUCGGGGGCGAGGAGCGGACGGCGUCCGAGCUCGAGCUCGACGGCGCGCCCAUCGUGUCCGUGUCCCGGUGCGACUGGAUGUGGCGCGCGUUCCUGCCGCCGGGGGCCGACCGGACGCACGAGGCGUGCGCGGCCGCCGGCGCGGCGGCGGCGGCGGGGGUGGAGUCGGCGGCGUUCCCGCCGGCCGUGGUGGUGGUGGGCGGCUACGACCCGCUGCAGGACUGGCAGAGGCGGUACUGCGAGGCGCUGAGGGCCAUGGGGAAGGAGGUGCGGGUGCUGGAGUACCCUGAAGCCAUCCACGCGUUCUAUGUGUUCCCGGAGUUUGCUGAGUCGAGAGACCUCAUGCUCCGGAUCAAGGAGAUCGUCGCCGGGAGCGGCGGCGGCGGCAGGAAGUGAGCCGGCGUGUCUGUGACGAGCACAGUGUUUGAUGUGUGUGUGGUCGGAAUGGAUGCAGGAGCAGAGGAUUGGGUGGGUCCACGGGGACGCGCGCGGCGUGGCCAUGUGAUGUGGGCCAUGUCGAUGUCGUAGUUAAUUGCGGUACGGAGGGGAAGGACAAUGUGUAGACUGGCCCUCAAAAAAAGACAAUGUGUAGACUGGUCGUCACGAUUUUGCAUGCACUGCUGAUGUCAGACAAUCUGUGAUCACGAUCAAUUGGUAAUGAUUUAUCGUAAGAACGUAACAUUGGAAAUGCCUAAGCAA